CUCUCUCUCUCUCUCUAUAGUUUAGGAAACAGAUAUGUGGGAUCACUUUGAGACAUCAUGACCUUCCAAAGCUUUGGACUCCAUUUAUGGUGGAGAAUUCUUGGAUUUGUUCUACUUCUAUACCCAUGUGUUGGGCUCAACACAGAUGGAAUUCUCUUGCUCUCUUUCAAGUUGAAUGUUUUAAGUGAUCCUCUAGGUGUGUUAGACAGUUGGAGCUACUAUGAUGAAACACCAUGUUCAUGGAAUGGAGUCACAUGUGGAGCUCCGGGAAUGUCCACUACAAACGCUCGUGUCACCGGCUUAUCUCUGCCGGACUGUCAGCUUCACGGCUCCAUUCCGGCCGGUUUUGGUACGAUUCAACACCUACAAAACCUCGAUCUUUCGAAUAAUUCAAUCAAUGGAUCUAUUCCUUUGUCAAUUUUCAAUGCUUCUGAGCUUCGAAUGCUUGAUUUUUCCAACAAUUUGAUCUCCGGAGAGCUGCCGGAGAUUAUAGGAGGACUUAAAAAUCUUGAGCUUCUCAACCUUUCCAACAACGCUUUGGCCGGGACAAUUCCGGAAGAUCUAACCACUCUUCAUAAUCUUACUGUCCUUUCUUUGAGAAACAAUUACUUCUUUGGUAAUCUUCCUAGUGGGUUUGAUUCAGUUGAAGUUCUAGAUCUGUCUUCCAAUCUGAUCAACGGAUCACUGCCUCCAAAUUUCAGAGGCAACAAUCUUCAUUACCUGAACCUAUCGUAUAACAGGCUCUCCGGCCAAAUUCAACCGGAAUUCGCCAACACAAUCCCUAUAAAGGCCACCAUUGAUCUUUCCUUCAACAAUUUCACCGGCGAAAUCCCAGAAUCUCCUCUUUUCCAAAAUCAAAACACCAAAUCGUUUUCUGGGAACCCUGAACUUUGUGGUAGCCCACUAAGAAAUGUAUGCCCAAUUGCUUCCACCAUUUCAACCCCUCCCUACUCCACCGCACCGACCUCACCGCCGGCAAUUGCAGCGAUUCCCAAAACCAUAGAAUCGAACCCAACAACGAAUUCAACUACCACUUCAAAUGGGUCUCAACAAGGAGGCCGAAAUGGUCUUCGAACAGCCACAAUCGUAGGAAUCAUAGUCGGCGACGCAGCAGGAAUUGUAAUUCUUGGGUGCAUAUUCUUGUACGUGUACCAGUUAAAGAAAAAGAAGAAGAGCGUUGCAGAUACAAUAAAGAAGGAAGCUAGUGAAGCUAAAGACUUCGACUGGGCAUCUUCUUCAAGUUCUGAAGAACACAAUAAUUGGCUACGUUCAUGGACGUGUCUGAGAAAGCAAAGACAUGAAAAUGAAGAUUCUUCAGAAACUACAAACUCAGAAAACGAAGAAAAUGAAGGUGUUCAAAAGGGUCAUGAAUAUCAAAUGCAGCAAGAACAGAAAACAGGAGCACUGGUGACUGUUGAUGGUGAGAAAGAGCUUGAACUUGAGACUUUGUUGAAGGCUUCGGCGUAUAUACUGGGGGCUACUGGGUCGAGUAUAAUGUACAAAGCUGUGCUUGAAGAUGGGACAACACUAGCGGUUCGGAGGAUCGGAGAGAGUGGUGUGGAGAGGUUCAGGGAUUUUCAGAACCGGGUUCGAGUGGUUGCGAAGCUGGUGCAUCCAAAUUUGGUGAGGAUUCGUGGGUUCUAUUGGGGUGCUGAUGAGAAGCUUGUGAUCUAUGAUUUCGUUCCCAAUGGCAGCCUCGCCAAAGCUCGUUACAGAAAAGCUGGGGCAUCACCCUGUCAUUUACCCUGGGAAGUGCGGCUCAGGAUAGCAAAAGGCGUAGCCAGGGGGCUAACCUACAUCCAUGACAAGAAGCAUGUUCAUGGAAAUUUAAAGCCCAGUAACAUCUUAUUGGGGCCCGAUAUGGAGCCCAAAAUAGGAGAUUUUGGCCUCGAGAGGCUCGUAACGGGUGAGAUCAGUUCCAAAGCCGGAGGAUCGGCUCGAAAUUUUGGUAGCAAGAGGUCGACAGGGUCACGUGACAGUUUCCAAGAUGCAGUGUCUGGGGGGCCCACCCCGAGCCCGAGCCCAAGCUCAUUCGGGGUGUCGCCUUAUCACGCACCCGAAUCUCUUAGGAGUCUCAAGCCCAACCCAAAGUGGGAUGUGUACUCAUUCGGUGUGGUGUUGCUCGAAUUGCUGACCGGAAAGGUCAUUGUUUCAGAUGAAUUGGCCCUCGGGAUUGCCACGUUAGAGGUCGAAGAAGAGAAAAGUCGGGUUUUGAAGAUGGCUGACGUGGCAAUUCGUGCUGACAUGGAGGGGAAAGAGGAGGCCAUGUUGGCACUCUUGAGAUUAGGAUUUAGUUGUAUAUCUCCUGUCCCACAGAAGAGACCAUCUAUGAAAGAGGUCCUUCAAGCUCUUGAGAAGUUCCCCUCUUGUUCUUCUUCCUCAUCAUACUAUUAUGGUCACUAGUGAUGAUAAAUGGACCCAUUUGUAUUUAUGAUUGACUGACAGGUUGUUGAAGAACUGAGAUACCUGUGAUUGUGUUCAAUGGUUGUAGGGGUUGUGCUGUUGUUGUCAUAGAUAUUGAUUAGAUUUUGUUGCCUGACAGCUAGCUAAUUUUAGAUUUAUUAUAUGUUUUCUUGUUUUGGUUUAAUAUGAUUGAUC